UCUGCCCGCCUCCCAAAUGCUCCUCCCGCCAAAGUCCUUUCUCUUCAAACGUUCCCUUUCUUUCCUCUCUCCUCUCCAAACUCACCUUCCAGACCGCCCUUCCCUCCCCAGACGGAUCAAACCACCGUCUUUCUCUCUCCUUGCAGAUCAAUGCACCUCCAUGGCCCACCUCAAGCAAAUCCACGCCCAAAUGAUCGUCACUGCCCGCAUCCAUGACAACUACGCUGCUAGCCGUAUCAUGUCCUUCUGUGCCCUCUCCCACUCGGGCGAUCUUGAUUACGCUCUAAAGCUCUUCGAGAACACCCAAGACCCGAAUUCCUUCAUGUGGAAUACCAUCAUCAGAGCCCAUGCUGACAGCCCAAAUUCUUCCAACGCAAUCUUUUUAUAUAUGAGGAUGCGGAGACAAGGAGUUGUACCUGGUAAGCAUACUUUCCCUUUCCUCCUCAAGGCAUGUACUAAUCAUCACUCGAUUUCUUGUGGUAGACAAGUCCAUGCACAUGUUGUGAAGCAUGGGUUAGAUUUAGAUUUGUAUGUGGUAAAUGGGUUAAUACGCUGUUAUGGGUUUUGCGGGAAUAUUCAUGAUGGCCGUGAACUGUUCGAUGAAAGUCCCGAGAGGAAUUUGAUAAUUUGGACUACUAUGAUUAGUGGGUAUGCGCAAAAUUUUUGUUCAAAUGAAGCUUUGAUGCUGUUUGAUCAAAUGGCUAUGGAGGGGAUUGAACCCAAUAGUGCGACUCUGGCUUCUGUUCUAUCUGCAUGUGCUAGAUUGGGGGGUCUGGAUUUGGGGGAACGGAUCCAUGCUUUUAUACGAGAAAAGGGGAUUGAAGUGGGAGUGAUUCUUGGCACAGCUUUAGUUGACAUGUAUGCAAAAAAUGGGGUGAUUUCAACGGCACAGGUGCUGUUUGAUGAGAUGCCUGAGAAGAAUAUUGCGACUUGGAAUGCCAUGAUCUGUGGUUUGGCCAAUCAUGGAUACGGUGGACGUGCUCUUGAACUUUUUCAGGACAUGGAGAGGUUGAAGGUUCUACCAAAUGAUAUCACUUUCGUUGGGGUUUUAUCUGCUUGUUGCCAUACUGGCCUGCUUGAAGUGGGCUGUGUGGUUUUCAAAUCGAUGCAGAGGGAUUAUGGGAUUGAUCGUAAGAUUGAGCAUUAUGGCUGCAUGGUCAAUCUUCUUGGGAGAGGUGGGAGAUUAACGGAGGCUGAAGAGUUGAUAAAAGGCAUGAAAUGGAAGGCGGAUGUGGUGGUUUUGGGAGCUUUGUUGGCAGCUUGUAAGAAUCAUGAGAAUAUUGAGAUUGCCGAAAGAGUGGUGAAGGAGAUUCUUGAAUUAGAACCUCAUAAUCAUGGAGUUUAUGUCGUUUUGUCUAAUAUGUAUGCAGAGGUUGGUAGGUGGGAGGAUGUUGUGAGAUUGAGGAAGGUGAUGAGAGAUGUGGGGUUAAAAAAAACACCCGGGUGGAGCUUAGUGGACGGUGAUGAGUAGCGUAUAAAGGAUCGCGCUCCAGGGUGAUACCGGCCAAAUGUGGGGUUCUCAUGAUGUAUUAACACCAUCCAACCCAUCCGUCAGAUGCAUCACCUCAAAAAACUAAGUCCCAAUACUCAGCCCAAUUCAAAACUGAAGUGGGCCAUGGAAAAGGAAACAAUUUGGGAGGGACCGCCCACCCUUGAAUUUCACAAGGGCACACGUGAGUCAUAAAACAGUCUGAUUUUUGGCCUGACCCUUCAUCUGGCCUGGAUGAAGAGUCUGAAAGGACUUGAUUCUAUAUAUACAAAAUGGUAGGCCCCACUCAAAUCAACUGUGGUUGUUUCCCUUUCAACAUGUUCCAUGUGCUAUGGUCCACCUGAGUUUGGAAUCAGGUGGACUUUUGGGAUGUGUGAAUUUUUGGAGGUGAUGCAUCUGAUGGAUAGGUUAGACUCCAUGAACACAGCAUGGGAUUUGCAUCUGCAGUUCUGUUGUAAGGUUUCGGUGAUACCAGGACCCCACUAGAGCAUGCCUGUGCAUAAAUAUCUCUCAUCUCUUUACAGACAUUUGGUAAAAUUGGAAUAACAAUGAAAGAAUAGCAUGGUUUUGGCACAAUUUUCUGCUCACAAUCUGAGAAAUGGUUCAUAUUUUUUCCCCAUAAAAGACUGCACAAUGUAUCUGUUAUUAUUCAUAAAUUUAUAAUUACAAUUGGUUGUCGGUUAUAGUCAAUGGCAAUACAAUGAUGUGACCUUGGCCUUUUCAUUUGAGAAUUUCAGCAAUCUAUGUUCUUGCAUAUAGUGUUUUGUUUCUUUCUUUAAGCAUGAGGAUGUUGUUGCUCUUAGUUGUUCUAGAAGAGGAGCUUGUUAUUAUGAGAUUCGUACUACUUGAAAGAUAAGAAGGAAACAAAAAGGAUGGAUUUGUUACCCUUUAAAUACAAGAUAAUAGGUAAUAGAUAUUGAGUUGCUAUUCGUGGGGCAUAGGAAGGAAACAAUUAUAUUCGAAGACGAAACGUCUCUUCCCCUUAGAAUGUCGAGAUAAUCAAAAUCUGCCAAAAAUCAAGUGAUCUUUGCCUCUGGUGGGGAUGGUGGACACUGGGUGCAAAUGGAACUUUGAUUGGAACUCCAGGGUGGGCUGGAGUUUAGGCUGCAGGCAGGGAUGGCCAGAGCGAGGAUCAAAUCGGUUUUCUAUGGCCCGAUCCAAAUUAGUGGCUAAAAUCAAGUGAAACUGACAUCAAUCAAAAAGGUUUGAAGCUUAUCAGGAGGGUGAUUCCAGUUGUUCUAUAGCUUGGGUUUCAGGGUCAAUUCCGGUUCCUUGGAAGCGACAAUGUAUUGUAAAUGGGAUUAAAGGACUGAUGUCAGCUCUCUUGAUUUCUUUCAAUCUUGUUCCUAGAGAAGUUAAUUCCUUGGCUGUUUGUUUGCCCACAGUAGAAAUGACUUGGGGAUCCUCGUAUGUUGGAGGCUCUCUUCCAUUGCCUUGA